CUUAGCAGCCGGACGGGAAACCGCUCUCGGGGCUAUGGAGACUGCGGGAAAAACCUGGCGGCUCGCGAUGGGCUGCUGAAGGGGCGCAGUGGGGGACCGCCAACCGCCCGCACCUCUCUCCUUUUUCCUCUUUUUUUUUUUUUUUUUUUUUUUUUGGUCGUUUUUAAUUUUAGCGCCAUCGUGGUCAAUGCCUGUGUGAACAGCCUUUAGGAAGAGUGCGAGAGAAAGAGAGAGCGCGCGCCGGGGAGAGGAGAAAAGAAGAUGAGGAUUAUUUGCAGGCAGAUUGUCUUGUUGUUUUCUGGAUUUUGGGGACUCGCCAUGGGAGCCUUUCCGAGCAGCGUGCAGAUAGGUGGUCUCUUCAUCCGAAACACAGAUCAGGAAUACACGGCCUUUCGAUUAGCAAUCUUUCUUCACAACACUAGCCCCAAUGCGUCCGAAGCUCCUUUUAAUCUGGUACCUCAUGUGGACAACAUUGAGACAGCCAACAGUUUUGCCGUGACAAAUGCUUUCUGUUCCCAGUAUUCUAGAGGAGUGUUUGCCAUUUUCGGACUCUACGAUAAGAGGUCGGUACACACUUUGACCUCGUUCUGCAGCGCCUUGCACAUCUCCCUCAUCACACCGAGUUUCCCCACGGAGGGGGAGAGCCAGUUUGUGCUGCAGCUCAGACCGUCCUUGCGGGGCGCGCUCCUGAGUCUGCUGGACCACUACGAAUGGAACUGUUUCGUCUUCCUGUACGACACGGACAGGGGAUACUCAAUACUUCAAGCUAUUAUGGAAAAAGCAGGACAAAAUGGUUGGCAUGUCAGCGCUAUAUGUGUGGAAAAUUUUAAUGAUGUCAGCUAUAGGCAACUUCUAGAAGAACUUGAUAGACGACAAGAGAAGAAAUUUGUCAUAGACUGUGAGAUAGAGAGACUUCAAAACAUAUUAGAACAGAUUGUGAGUGUUGGGAAGCAUGUUAAGGGUUACCACUACAUCAUUGCAAACUUGGGAUUCAAGGAUAUUUCUCUGGAGAGAUUUAUCCAUGGUGGAGCCAAUGUUACAGGAUUCCAGCUGGUUGAUUUUAAUACACCUAUGGUAACCAAACUAAUGGAUCGCUGGAAGAAACUAGACCAGAGAGAGUAUCCAGGAUCUGAGACUCCUCCAAAGUAUACGUCUGCUCUGACUUAUGAUGGAGUCCUUGUGAUGGCUGAAACUUUCCGAAAUCUUAGGAGGCAGAAAAUUGAUAUUUCAAGGAGAGGAAAUGCUGGGGAUUGUCUGGCAAAUCCUGCUGCUCCAUGGGGCCAGGGAAUUGACAUGGAGAGGACACUCAAACAGGUUCGAAUUCAAGGACUGACAGGAAAUGUUCAGUUUGACCACUAUGGACGUAGGGUCAAUUACACAAUGGAUGUGUUUGAGCUGAAGAGCACAGGGCCUAGAAAGGUUGGUUACUGGAAUGAUAUGGAUAAAUUAGUCUUGAUUCAGGACGUGCCCACUCUUGGCAAUGACACAGCAGCUAUUGAGAACAGAACAGUGGUUGUAACCACAAUUAUGGAAUCCCCAUAUGUUAUGUACAAGAAAAAUCACGAAAUGUUUGAAGGAAAUGACAAGUAUGAAGGAUACUGUGUAGAUUUGGCAUCUGAAAUUGCAAAACAUAUUGGUAUCAAGUAUAAAAUUGCCAUUGUCCCUGAUGGAAAAUAUGGAGCGAGGGACGCAGACACAAAAAUCUGGAAUGGGAUGGUAGGAGAACUUGUUUAUGGGAAAGCAGAGAUUGCUAUCGCCCCUCUGACAAUCACUUUGGUCCGAGAGGAGGUCAUUGACUUCUCUAAGCCCUUCAUGAGUUUGGGCAUAUCUAUCAUGAUCAAAAAGCCUCAGAAAUCCAAACCAGGAGUGUUUUCCUUCUUGGAUCCUCUGGCCUAUGAGAUUUGGAUGUGCAUAGUCUUUGCCUACAUUGGUGUCAGCGUGGUCUUAUUCCUAGUUAGCAGGUUCAGUCCGUACGAGUGGCACACAGAAGAGCCGGAGGAUGGAAAGGAAGGACCCAGCGACCAGCCUCCCAAUGAGUUUGGCAUCUUUAACAGCCUCUGGUUUUCCCUGGGUGCCUUCAUGCAGCAAGGAUGUGACAUUUCACCCAGAUCCCUCUCAGGUCGGAUUGUUGGAGGUGUCUGGUGGUUCUUCACGCUCAUCAUUAUAUCAUCUUAUACUGCUAACCUCGCUGCUUUCCUGACGGUAGAACGAAUGGUCUCCCCCAUAGAAAGUGCGGAAGACCUGGCCAAACAAACAGAAAUUGCCUAUGGAACAUUGGAUUCAGGGUCAACAAAAGAAUUCUUCAGAAGAUCAAAAAUAGCAGUGUACGAAAAGAUGUGGACCUACAUGCGAUCGGCAGAGCCGUCCGUGUUCACGAGGACUACAGCUGAGGGAGUGGCUCGUGUCCGCAAAUCCAAGGGCAAAUUUGCGUUCCUCCUGGAGUCCACUAUGAACGAGUACAUUGAGCAGCGAAAGCCGUGCGACACGAUGAAAGUGGGAGGAAAUCUGGAUUCGAAAGGCUAUGGAGUAGCAACGCCCAAGGGUUCCUCAUUAAGAAAUGCUGUUAACCUGGCAGUUUUAAAACUGAAUGAACAAGGCCUGUUGGACAAAUUGAAAAACAAAUGGUGGUACGACAAAGGAGAGUGUGGCAGCGGGGGCGGUGACUCCAAGGACAAGACGAGCGCCUUGAGCCUGAGCAACGUCGCAGGCGUUUUCUACAUUCUGGUCGGCGGCUUGGGCUUGGCGAUGCUGGUGGCUUUGAUAGAGUUCUGUUACAAGUCCAGGGCAGAAGCGAAGAGAAUGAAGCUGACCUUUUCUGAAGCCAUAAGAAACAAAGCCAGAUUAUCCAUCACUGGGAGCGUGGGUGAGAACGGCCGCGUUUUGACGCCCGACUGCCCCAAGGCGGUACACACGGGAACUACGAUUAGACAGAGUUCGGGAUUGGCUGUCAUUGCAUCGGACCUACCAUGAAAACCAAAAACAUAAUUGAGUGCCUUAAUCAAACUGUGCUGGUGACGGACGGGAGCACAGCCCGCACACUGAGCAGGGGCCGCGGACCAGGCCUCCGGGCCAGAGCGGGCGGCGCGUCCCGAUGCUCCCGCUGGUCCAGCAGCAACGCGUGCAUGAGCUCAGCUCGGAAACCCAAACUCAGAUUUUAUAUCAGGAAAACUCACA